CUAUUAAAUAGAAUAAUAGCUACCGAUGUCGUUCUCCUGGUCAACUCACUGUAAAAACUGUCUCACGGUAGAGCUUAACAAGACGCUGUGUGACAGCACAUAACACCCUGCAGUUCGACGCCAGCUGUUUUCGAGCCUCAUUACUGAACUUGCGUUGUUGCAUAUCAUCUUUGUCCCGGAUACGACACUGGUUUUGUUUCCUUGUCGAUACACCCGUGAAAGUGCACGGUACUACCGAAGAAAAGUGGCCCAAUUGGUUCAUCGUGAGUUGAUGUUUGAUCACGAGCGACCGUCUCACGUGCUGAGAGUUCGUGUGGAUGUGUAUAUAACUAACAGGCUGCAGACGAUAUUACCGUAGCACCCUCCAGAGCCAGCAUCAACCCAGCUCUCUGUAAUCAUGGGUAGCACGGAUCAAAGUUUGCGAGCCUGGUGGAAAGAGAGCUCGGUGUAUCAAGUGUACCCUGCAUCUUAUCAAGAUUCCACUGGCUCUGGUGUUGGAGACCUGAAGGGCAUUAUCUCUCGAGUUGAUUACCUCAAAGACUUGGGGGUCGAUAUCGUAUGGCUUUCACCAAUCUUCAAGAGCCCUCAGGUUGAUAUGGGGUAUGAUAUCAGCGACUAUUACACAAUCGACCCUCCAUAUGGUGAUGUCUCAGAUGUUGAUGUCCUCAAGGACAAGCUCCAUGAACGAGGCAUGAAGCUCGUCCUCGACUUGGUCAUGAAUCAUACCAGUGAUCAGCAUGAGUGGUUCAGGGAGUCUCGAAAGUCCAAGGACAACCCUUAUCGUGAUUGGUAUAUCUGGAAGCCUGCAAAGUACGAUUCCGAAGGAAACAGACACCCUCCCAACAACUGGGAUGCCCAUUUCCAAGGAAGUGCCUGGGAGUACGACGAGACCACAGAUGAAUACUAUCUCUGCCUCUUCUGCAAGCAACAGCCAGAUCUUAACUGGGAGAAUCCUGCAGUCAGAAAACAAGUUCACGAUGUCAUGCGCUUCUGGCUCGACAGAGGCACCGAUGGUUUCCGCAUGGAUGUUAUCAACUUUGUUAGUAAGGACCAGGCAUUCCCCGACUCUGACAAGACUGUACUUCGCGGUCAUGAAUUCUAUGCUUGUGGUCCCCGAUGUCACGAGUUUCUCAAAGAGAUUGGUGCUAUUCUGCAAGAGUACGAUGCUUUCAGCGUGGGUGAGAUGCCCUGUGUGCACGAUGAGCGUGAGUUGAUUAAGGCUGUUCGUGGUGACCGUGGAGAGUUGAGCAUGAUUUUCCACUUUGAGUUGAUGGAUCUUGAUCAUGGCGUCGGCGGCAAGUUCACACCUAGAUCCUGGGACCUUUCUGAGCUCAAAUCUACCACCCUCAAGUGGCAGAAGUUCAUGUACGACAAUGAAGGCUGGAACGCUCUUUACUUGGAGAACCACGACCAACCACGGGCUGUCAGCCGCUUUGUUCACGAUGACACCGAGCAUCGGGUGGAUAGUGCGAAGCUUAUCGCCAUCUUCCUGGGUUUCCAGUCGGGCACCCCUUUUAUUUACCAAGGACAGGAGAUUGGGAUGACCAAUGUCCCUAGGGACUGGGACUUGGAAGAAUACAAGGACCUUGACUGCCUUCGACAUUGGGAUCUUCACAGAAACGAUGAUGAGGCGGCUCGGAACUCCUACAAGGUCGAGUAUCAAAAGAAGUCUCGUGACAAUGCCAGAACUCCCAUGCAAUGGGACGCAAGCCCCAACGCUGGCUUUACUACUGCUGAUGCUAAGCCUUGGAUGAGAGUCAAUGAUAACUACAAGGAAAUCAACGCUGCAUCCCAGACUUCAGACCCCAACUCUGUGUAUGGCUGCUACCGCAAGGUUCUGCAGAGACGAAAGGAGUUCCUAGACAUAUUUGUAUAUGGAAACUUCCAACUCGUUGACGAGUCCAACGAGAAGGUCUUUGCAUACUCACGAAGGGCCGGCAACGGAGAGACUGCUCUCAUCGUAUGUAACUUCACAACUGAUACAGUUGCGUGGUCUUUGCCUGGCAAGACUCGAGAGGUGCUGGUCAGCUCUGCUGGAAGGGCAGUUGAUGAUUUAAACAGUGGCGAGACUAAACUGGCACCUUGCGAAGCCUUUGCGGUCCUGCUCGAGUAGAAUGAGCUGAAUAUUAAGUCUCGCAAUGGAUUUGAUCCCCAUAGAAGAGGGCAAUGACGAUACUGGCCAAUUGAUAGAGUUAAAUCAAACCGUGAAUUCAUUCACUCAUAGAGUAUCGAAGCUUGUGGCACGAAGAGAGUUGACAGCAAGACGAAGACGUGCAUUCUCAUUACCCAGCGGUUGAUAUUGGCCGAGUAUCUAUUCAUACAAGGUACAUAAACCACUCCUUGUCCCGCUCUAUUCGUGUGGAUUUGUCCAUUACACCGACGCUCUAGUCCUGUCGUCCCUUUAGUAAUCGCUUGGUAACCUUGUCCUUCUCGAUAAUGUAAACGUGGGCACCCCAGCCCGAAAGGGCAUCACGGUCAACAGCGUUGAGCAACGACUGAGAGAUGGUCUCAAAGAGGGCAUCGGGUUCCUACAAGUAUUAUUAUCAGCAUUUCGCUCUUGAGCGGAGCAACAGCCGAACUCGGGCGAUGUAUAGCUGCUUUGUCAUUAUUUGCAUACCAGAUCAGGCUCCCAGAGACCCUCGCACAUGCCAAAGAGCUGCUCCGAAGCGGUGCCAGAGACAAUGAAGUCCUUGGCAAAGUCGAUACAGCCAAUACUAUCGAAACCACAGAUAAAAGGCUUGCCAGUCUUAGGAUCAAGACCAGCAACGACAGGAGACACAAAGUAAGGUCCAAAACGGCGCUCGUAGAGAGAUGAGGAAACGAGGUUGGCAAAAGUUCGAGGGGCGAUGGAGCGCUCCUCACGCAGGCGAUACAUGUUGACCUUGUAGCGGAAGAGGUCGCUCACGGUGUUAACAUCGGUAGCCAGGCCAGUGAGACCUAAGAAGACGUCGCCGUACUGGAAGAUCUUGGGGAAAUUGUUGGACACAGUCAGAGCCUGGAGACCGAGGCGAAGAUCGCAUGCGAUGGCGACACAGUCCUUUCCGACCAUGGCGACACAGGCGCCGCCGUCUGGAAGAAGAGGGAGGUUAGCUAUGGAUGAAGGCUGGUAUAAUGGCAGGCGACCGAGACGAACUUAUCGAGAAAGGAGAUGACUAUUGAUUGAGUUCUAUGAUUAGCUUUGUGUGACAAAGAGAUUGGCUCGCCGGAGGUUAACCUACCAUGAUGACUUCUUGAAGGUAGGAAGGUAGAUGCGAGGUCGGGGAAUCGACGUCAACCAGCGGCCGUCUUAUCGAGAGGAACUCGGGAACAAGGGAGGCGGCGAUUCGUUAUGUGAAACCGCAAGCUUUGCAGUCGCUAAUUCGUAUCGUAUCUUCGCGUCGUGGGGUUGUAGAAGAGCAGCCGGCGUGGAGUGGAUGGAGUGCGAGUUGGACAGUUGAAGCUCCCGUCACUGGGUUGGAGCUACAGAAGGUGCAGUGCAAUGAGGUUGCUGCUAAGGUCCGUGGUACGUACAGGCGGGCUGCAAGGCAAACACGGUCUGGCGUGGCCGGGUACAAGCAGGUCCACGUCUGUUAGAGCAGCCUACAAGCUGUGGCGGCUGAGGCUCAGUUACUUGAAUUACAUAAGCGAACAUAUGGUAGAGUUCGAAAUCGCAUUUGGAGAAGAG